AUGGCGGCGGGCUACUUUGCUCCAAAUUAUCCUUCUACUGGCGAACAUGAGGCCAACCUUCAAGAGGUUCGUCAGCAAAUCGCCCUGCUCAAGCGAGACAACGAUGUGCUGAGAGAGGAGAUGAGGAAGACAACGCGAGAUAACCAUCACCAGAUGGAGCGUGCCUUCUGGGCUCGGUACAAGACGAAGGAUUUAUCGGACCGUGCGGAUUACAUCCGUAUUGCAACCAUCACGAAUCCAUCGCCGAUAGGGCAAUACUGCCCGAAGUUGCAAGGACCUGAGCCAGACGAGUACUACCAGGGGCAGAUCCAGAAAGUCCGUCAGAAGACUCGAAACCAAUUGAUGAAGGAGGCUGCACGGCUGAAGGGCGAACGUUUCGCCGAGGAUGCAGUGCCUCCACGUCCCAAGGAGGUGCCAUGCAAUUUCAGCCCUGCGCUGGGAACAGAGAGCAGCGUGGGAAAGCUCCAGGAUCCACACCUGCUUGGCCUCCGGAACCAGACUCACUGGAAUUCCAUGCGGAAGCCUGGCAAGCUGCCAGAGCUGCUCCCGCGGGAUAGCCCCAAGCACGCCUUCAAGGAGAACACGAAUGCGUGGAUGGCGAGGUCGAACGAAGCAAGCCCAGCCCGAAACCGCGACUAUGUUUCCAGGAUGACGCGCUCCCAGUCGCAGCCCAUGCACGCCAGCAGUUGA